AUGGACCGGCUCCUGUUCUUGAUGCUCCCAGGAGUCCUCCUGGUUUUGUGUCAGCCACACAUGGAAGAUCCUCCGCAGCAUUCUAUCAUGUGCACCUCCUGUGAUGAAUUUGUUAGAAAGAGAUGCAAAAAGAAUCUAAGUCGCUGUGAAGCCAGAUACCCUGACUUCGCAUGCCAGUCUAAGGAGGUGUAUAUGCAGCAUAUGACUGGAGAAUACGAGUACAAAUAUUCCAUCCUGGGCUGCCCAGAUAGAUGCAUGGAAUAUGUGUACAUCUCUAGGUGGCAGAAAAUUAUCUUCAACUGCUGUCAUGAAAACUACUGCAACGGCUUGCCGAUACAGCAUAAUGUCCAGGAAAAUCCCUUCUGGUUAAAAUAUUUUCCCAACACUACCAAUUGA